UAUAUAUAUAUAUAUAUAUAUAUACAUACAUACAUACAUACAUAUUCUUAUUCGGGCAAGAGGUAAGGAUAGAGGUGCUAGCUGGUUGGCAGGCAAAAAUCUUGGCGUGCGUUCUUACUUUUGGUGCAAGUCAAGAAAAUGUCGGGUACUUGCACAGAAAUUUCCAUGUGGGUCAUGGGACGGAUGCACGUUGAUGGGCACACUUAACAUCUUCAGUUAUAAACAUAUUACAAGUUCCUUUAAACUAGUGUCGCAUGACGACAAAUUCCUUAUUCCAACGUCAACGAUGUCAUCGAUCCAGAAAGUGGGAGCCAGAUUUGAAGUCAAAAGAAAUGCCCAAGAACAUAUACUCAAAACCAAGGCUACGUCAUCUUCUCAAAAAUUUCCUAGCCUACCAUCUAUUUGGCCAUAUCAAGCCUCCUUCCUAUUUAACAUGCAUGUCCAUUUGUGGACGACCCUCUCUCUCUCUUCUCAUAUAUCCCAUCUCAUUAGCAAAGGGAGGUGAGGAAGAGAUGGAGAAACCAAGCGUGGAGUCUCCUCUGCUCCUAAGUUCUGAAAAGGGAGGAGGAGAGGUCUUGGCCGAGGUUAAGAAGCAGCUAUGGUUGGCAGGGCCUUUGAUAGCAACAAACUUGUUACAGAAGAGCCUCCAAAUGAUAUCAGUGAUGUUUGUUGGCCAUCUUGGAGAGCUUGCUCUCUCUGGUGCCUCCAUGGCCACUUCCUUUGCUGGGGUUACCGGUUUCAGCUUGUUGUUGGGAAUGAGCAGCGCACUUGAUACCUUGUGCGGACAAGCCUUUGGAGCAAGAUCAUAUCGUAUGCUCGGUAUACAUAUGCAAAGAGCUAUGCUGGUCCUCAUGCUUACAAGUAUUCCACUUGCUGCUGUCUGGGCCUAUACAGGCCAAAUUCUUAUGCUCUGUGGGCAAGACAGAGCGAUAGCAACAGAAGCUGGAGUAUAUGCUCGAUGGAUGAUCCCAAGCCUUUUUGCAUAUGGCCUCAUCCAAUGCCAUGUUAGAUUCCUCCAGACUCAAAAUAUAGUCUUCCCAAUGAUGCUUGCUUCUGGAUUUGCAGCAUUGCUUCACAUCCUCGUCUGUUGGAUUCUAGUAUUCAAGUCCGGCCUUGGCAGUAGAGGUGCUGCCUUGGCCAAUUCUUUCUCUUACUGGUUGAAUGCGUUGCUGUUGGCACUUUUUGUGAAGCUAUCCCCUGAUUGCAAGAAGACUUGGACUGGCUUUUCAAAAGAAGCCUUGCAUGACAUCAUCAACUUCAUUAGACUAGCUGUUCCAUCAGCGGUGAUGCUUUGCUUGGAAUUCUGGUCGUUCGAAUUGCUUGUACUUCUUUCUGGUCUUCUUCCAAAUCCACAGCUAGAGACAUCAGUGUUGUCAAUCAGCCUCAACACAGUCUCAAUGACAUUCAUGGUUCCUCUCGGCUUCGGUGCUGCAGUAAGCACACGCGUUUCCAAUGAACUUGGGGCUGGGCGUCCACAGGCUGCUCGGUUAGCAGUACGUGUGGUGGUUUUUAUGGCCAUUGCACAAGGCUUGGUUGUAGGAUCGACCAUGGUCUUUGUGCGAAAGCUCUGGGGGUAUGCAUAUAGCAAUGAAGAGGAAGUGGUGAACUACGUGGCAGUUAUGCUGCCCAUUCUUGCAGCCUCCAACAUCAUGGAUGGGGUGCAAUGCGUGCUCUCAGGGGUUGCCAGAGGAUGCGGUUGGCAGAAGAUUGGUGCUCUUGUUAACCUUGGAGCCUAUAACUUGGUUGGCAUUCCUUCAGCUAUUCUUCUAGCAUUCGUCCUCCAUGUUGGAGGAAAGGGUCUCUGGAUGGGAAUCAUAUGUGGCGUCACUGUGCAAGCAUUGUUGCUUUCGACAAUUACUCUCUGCACCAACUGGGAAAAAGAGGCAAGAAAAGCCAGGGAUCGAGUGUACAACUCCACCAUUCCCAUCGACAUGGAGACAUGAAUUAUAUAUUUCUGUUCCCGUCAUCGUAUUGUUCCCUCAUAUUUCUGCCACCAACUAUUAUAUAUUUUGGCGAAAAUCUAAAUUUUUUUGUAUCCAGACCUUUUGGUCAUGACCCGGAUUCUGACAUAAUUUGUCACGCCCUAGAUUCAGCCCAUGACACGACUGUGCUACUGUAGGAUGUUGCCCACAAUAAUACGAAGCCCGUGAUAACAGUAAUUCUUUCAUGUAAUAAAUUCAAAUCGGAUCAUUUUUAUUUGCAAUUCAAAAGAAAGCAAGUAUAGAGCAUCUAAAUCAAAUAUUUGAGUUUGCAAAAUUACAAUCCAAACUUAUUAAUAUGGUUACAUGUAUGAAAUCUUGUAUUUAUGCUUCAAAUCCCAUUUUCUUUUGAGUAAAAGUGAACGGAAUAAUAUUUUUCGAUCUAUUUUUUAUUUGAAUCUAUAGGAUAUGGGUAGAAAUUUGAUCAUUUGAUUAAUAUCUAUAUUCAUAUCCAUAAAAAAAAUUGAAUAUAAAUUUGGAUAGAUAACUACUUGAUCUGUAUCCAAAUAUUCGAUUCUAUUUAUAAUUCUAUUUAAUCUUAUAAAGUAUUCACGAACUUUUAAAAAAAAUAAAUGAUAAUAUUAUUAUGCUAUUAACUUAUUUUAUCUCCUACUCCGUAAUAU